GGGGAGGGGGGUCCCCAGCUCCCAAGCCGGAGCCAGAGACGCGGAGCCCGCGCGAGCGGCGGAGACAGGGCUCCGGAGCCACAGAUCCGGGCCCCGGCCGCCGCCAGGGGCCCCGCCCGGUCCCCCCACCCCACCCCACGUCCCUCCUGCAGCCCAGCUCCGCCCGCAGCCGCCGCGGACCAGGCCAGCACCGCCGCCAUGAUGUGCGAGGUGAUGCCCACCAUCAGCGAGGAUGGCCGGCGGGGCUCGGCGCUGGGCCCGGACGAGGCGGGCGGCGAGCUGGAGCGCCUUAUGGUCACGAUGCUCACGGAGCGCGAGCGCCUGCUGGAGACGCUGCGCGAGGCGCAGGACGGGCUGGCUACGGCACAGUUGCGGCUGCGCGAGCUGGGCCACGAGAAGGACUCGCUGCAGCGCCAGCUCAGCAUCGCUCUGCCCCAGGAGUUUGCGGCUCUGACGAAAGAGCUGAACUUAUGUCGGGAGCAGCUGCUGGAGCGGGAGGAAGAGAUUGCGGAGCUGAAGGCGGAGCGGAACAACACGCGGCUUCUCCUUGAACACCUGGAAUGCCUGGUGUCCAGGCACGAGAGGUCACUGCGCAUGACCGUGGUAAAGCGCCAGGCCCAGUCCCCGGGUGGGGUCUCUUCCGAGGUGGAGGUGCUCAAGGCUCUAAAAUCUCUCUUCGAGCAUCACAAGGCCCUGGAUGAGAAGGUCCGGGAGCGGCUGCGGAUGGCGCUGGAGCGGGUGGCGGUGCUGGAGGAGGAGUUGGAGCUAAGCAAUCAGGAGACCCUGAGCCUUCGAGAGCAGCUGUCUAGGCGCCGGUCGGGGCUGGAGGAGCCCGGCAAGGAGGGGGAUGGGCAGCCCCUUGCCAACGGCCUUGGUCCUGGCGGGGAUUCGAACCGGCGCACAGCGGAGCUGGAGGAGGCCCUGGAGAGGCAGCGUGCGGAGGUGUGCCAGCUGCGGGAGCGCCUGGCGGUGUUGUGCCGCCAGAUGAGCCAGCUGGAGGAGGAGCUGGGCACCGCCCACCGCGAGCUGGGUAAGGCCGAGGAAGCUAACGCCAAGCUCCAGCGCGACCUCAAGGAGGCGCUUGCGCAGCGGGAGGAUAUGGAGGAGCGGAUCACGACGCUGGAGAAGCGCUACCUGAGUGCCCAGCGUGAGGCCACGUCGCUGCACGACGCCAAUGACAAGCUGGAGAACGAGCUGGCCAGCAAGGAGUCGCUGUACCGGCAGAGUGAAGAGAAGAGCCGUCAGCUAGCCGAGUGGCUGGACGACGCCAAGCAGAAGCUUCAGCAGACGCUGCAAAAGGCCGAGACCUUGCCUGAGAUAGAGGCCCAGCUGGCCCAGCGUGUGGCUGCGCUCAACAAAGCCGAGGAACGUCAUGGGAAUUUCGAGGAGCGGCUUCGGCAGCUGGAGGCCCAGUUGGAGGAAAAGAACCAGGAGCUGCAACGGGCCCGGCAGCGGGAGAAGAUGAACGAUGACCACAACAAGCGGCUGUCAGAGACAGUGGACAAAUUGCUGAGCGAGUCCAAUGAACGGUUACAGCUGCACCUCAAGGAGCGCAUGGGGGCGCUGGAGGAGAAGAAUUCACUGAGUGAGGAGAUCGCCAACAUGAAGAAGCUUCAGGACGAACUGCUGCUCAACAAGGAGCAGCUCUUGGCAGAGAUGGAGCGGAUGCAGAUGGAGAUCGACCAGCUGCGGGGCAGGCCACCAUCCUCCUACUCCAGGUCUCUCCCCGGUAGUGCCCUGGAACUUCGUUACUCCCAGGCACCCACAUUACCUUCUGGUGCCCACCUGGACCCCUAUGGGGCCGGCAGUGGCCGGGCAGGCAAGAGGGGCCGCUGGUCAGGGGUCAAGGAUGAGUCCUCCAAGGAGUGGGAGCGGUCUGCCCCUGCGGGGUCCAUGCCACCCCCGUUCCCUGGGGAACUGGACGGCUCAGACGAAGAGGAGGCUGAGGGGAUGUUUGGAGCUGAGCUACUUUCCCCCAGCGGACAGGCCGACGUGCAGACGCUGGCCAUCAUGCUUCAAGAGCAGCUGGAAGCCAUUAACAAGGAGAUCAAGCUCAUCCAAGAGGAGAAGGAGACAACAGAACAAAGGGCUGAGGAGCUGGAGAGCCGGGUGUCUGGCUCUGGCCUGGACUCACUGGGCCGCUACCGCAGUAGCUGCUCACUGCCCCCCUCCCUCACUACCUCUACCCUUGCCAGCCCCUCCCCUCCCAGCUCUGGUCACUCAACACCCCGUCUGGCACCUCCUAGCCCUGCCCGCGAGGGCACCGACAAAGCUAAUCAUGUCCCCAAGGAGGAAGCUGGUGCUCCACGAGGGGAGGGACCAGCCAUCCCAGGAGACACCCCACCUCCCACUCCCCGCUCUGCCCGUCUUGAGAGAAUGACGCAGGCCUUGGCACUGCAAGCAGGAUCCCUGGAAGAUGGGGGGCCUUCACGGGGAAGUGAAGGCACCCCAGAUUCCCUGCACAAAGCCCCCAAGAAGAAGAGCAUCAAGUCAUCCAUAGGCCGUCUCUUUGGCAAGAAGGAGAAGGGACGAAUGGGACCACCAGGCCGGGACAGCUCUUCUCUGGCAGGAACACCCUCAGACGAGACACUGGCCACGGAUCCUCUGGGGCUAGCCAAGCUGACAGGCCCAGGAGACAAGGACCGAAGGAACAAGAGGAAGCACGAACUUCUGGAAGAGGCCUGCCGCCAGGGCCUGCCCUUCGCUGCUUGGGAUGGGCCCACCGUGGUCUCCUGGCUGGAGCUGUGGGUAGGCAUGCCUGCAUGGUAUGUGGCCGCCUGCCGGGCCAACGUCAAGAGCGGUGCCAUCAUGGCCAACCUGUCGGACACGGAGAUCCAGCGGGAGAUUGGCAUCAGCAACCCCCUGCACCGGCUCAAGCUGCGCCUCGCCAUCCAGGAAAUGGUCUCCCUCACCUCGCCCUCAGCGCCCGCCUCCUCCCGCACGUCCACAGGAAACGUGUGGAUGACACACGAGGAGAUGGAGUCCCUUACGGCAACGACCAAGCCUGAGACCAAGGAGAUCAGCUGGGAGCAGAUCCUGGCAUAUGGUGACAUGAACCACGAGUGGGUGGGCAACGACUGGCUGCCCAGCCUGGGCCUGCCCCAGUACCGAAGCUACUUCAUGGAGUCGCUGGUGGAUGCCCGCAUGUUGGAUCAUCUUAACAAGAAGGAGCUCCGGGGUCAACUCAAGAUGGUGGACAGCUUCCACAGGGUGAGUCUGCAUUAUGGGAUCAUGUGCCUGAAACGGCUCAAUUACGACCGGAAGGACUUGGAGCGGAGGCGGGAAGAGAGUCAGACCCAGAUCCGAGACGUGAUGGUGUGGUCCAAUGAGCGGGUCAUGGGUUGGGUGUCCGGACUGGGACUGAAGGAAUUCGCCACGAACCUCACGGAGAGCGGGGUGCACGGGGCGCUUCUCGCCCUGGACGAGACCUUCGACUACUCCGACCUGGCCUUGCUCCUGCAGAUCCCCACGCAGAAUGCGCAGGCCCGGCAGCUCCUGGAGAAGGAAUUCAGCAACCUCAUCUCCUUGGGCACAGACAGGCGGCUGGACGAGGACAGCGCCAAGUCCUUCAGCCGCUCCCCAUCCUGGCGGAAGAUGUUCCGAGAGAAGGACCUCCGAGGCGUAACCCCCGAUUCAGCUGAGAUGUUGCCCCCCAACUUUCGUUCGGCCGCAGCAGGGGCCUUGGGAUCUCCGGGGCUCCCUCUCCGCAAGCUGCAGCCGGAAGGCCAGACUUCUGGGAGUUCCCGGGCAGACGGCGUUUCGGUCCGGACCUAUUCCUGCUAGUGUAGGCCUCCAGGGCUGGAUCCCCAAGAUCUUCAAGAAGAAGACGUGCACGACAUUCAUCGUUGACCCCACAGACUCGGGGUGAGGAACUCGCCCCAGGGACCGAGCCCAGAGCAUCCCCGGAGCGUCCCCGGAGCGUCCCGGCCCACCGACCCCACUCACCUACCCCCCCACCCCCUUAUGUCAUUGCGGACACUCCCAAGGGCGUUCCCGGUGGCGCUCUCCCUCCGGGGAGGGUUUGGGUCCCUGUGGACGCUUCCAAUUUCCCUUGCCUGGUCAGAGUCAGUGUUAAAGCCCCAGGGCUUGGUUCUGUUUCUUUCCUUCCCUGCGUCUCCUCUUUGUGUCUCCUUGCCUCACUUUCUCCUUUGGCUGUUUCUGUUUCUGUUUCAUUCAUUCAUUCAUUCAUUCAUUCGUCCGUCCGUCCAUCCAAGAAGCCUUCAUUCAGUGCUCCCAAGGGAGCACAAUUAUCGGGAGCACGGGCCCUGCCAGGGUUCAAAUGUCACCUGGGGUUGGUGCUGUGUGGCUUUGGGUAAAUCAUUUCACCUCUCUGGGCCUCAUCUGUCACCUGGACAGACAGACAGGCCGCCUCCUGAGUGGAGCAUGUAUUGUGAGGAUUUAAACAAGUAAAUGCUUGUGAUGUUUCUGGAACAGCGCUCAGCACAUGGUUUGCGCUGGGAAAGGCCUGCCAUCCCCCCUGGAAGAUAGCAGUUACCGCCGUGCGCGGGCCCCGUGCGCGGGCUCGGUGCCCGGGGCCACUUGCGUGAGUCCCGUGGGGUGUUUGCCUCCCUUGAGGAGCUGCCGGCUUUCAGUGACGGUCUCUCCAGUGGCCUUGUGGUUGUUUUCAAGACAAUCUCUGGGGCGUGGGAAAUGUCAGCAUUCCUAACGUUGAGUGUGCUGUGAACACAUUAGCACAGUGUGGCUUGCGAUUAUGUAUAAAUAAACAGAUCUACAUUA